AUGCCACUUGUUCAAGUUUUAAGGCUUGUUGAUGGGGAGCAAACACCAGCAAUGAGAUUUAUUUACGGGGCAAUGGACGAGUGCAAAGAAAAAAUAGCAAAGAGCUUGGAUAACAACCUCGCUUCUUAUAAAGAAAUUUGGGACAUUAUCGAUAAGAAAUGGGAGUUGCAAAUGCAUCGUGAUUUCCAUGCGGCUGCCUACUAUUUAAGUCCACAAUAUCGAUGGAGUCCCAAUGUUUCCGAACAUCCGGAGAUUAAGCGAGGAUUGUAUGAUGUCAUGGAAAGGCUCGUGAAGGAUACGACAGUUUAUUUGAAGAUUGAAGAUCAACUCGUUGCUUACAAAGAAAAAAGAGGACUAUUUGGAUAUAGAGCCGCCCCAAGUGAUGGUGAGGAAGAUGAAAUUGGAGGUGGCGGGAUAUUAGGGGAGGAAGAUGGCGGGGUAAUUGGAAGUGCUAGAGGUGGCAGGGCUAUUAGAAGACCUAGAGGUGGCGAGACAAUUGGGGAAGGGAGUGGAACUAGGAAAAGGAAAAAUGUUCAAGUGAAUUUGAUUGACGAGGAUGACGGGGAUGAAGUGAAUUUGAUUGACGAUGACGAGGGUGACCAGUUUGAAAAUGAUGCGAAUGAUGCUGAUUAUUUUAUUUGA